AUGGCUUUUACAAAACCAAGUUACUCAUUAGUUAAAGGAACAGAAAAACAGUACACAAUUACAACAACAAUAAACUCUGAUUAUUUAAUAAAUGUUUCAAUAACUCAAUAUUCAGACACACAAACAAUGCUCAUUUGCUUAAGUGAUUGUGGGUGUUUUAGUCAAUGGGUUGUUUGUACACAAACAUCAACCGAACUUCGAUUUGGAAAAAGUAAUUCCCAAAACCCAUUCCCUACUGCUUUGUCUCGUCAAUUGUUUUUAUUACUAGGAGGUGUUGAAACAUUAAUUGUUGCUAUUGGUAUUCGUAAUCCCUCUCCGGAAAAAUUAAAGUUAAUAGUUUCAUCCAUUCAACAAGUCUUAUCAUCUGCCUUGCAUGAUAUAUCUCAACAGCUCCCCCACCUCAAUUAA